GUGGAUUUCCUGUGUGAUAACACACUGCACACUACAUUAUUUCAGCAUAGAAAACAAAGACUGUGGCAAAUGGGAGGUUCUGCAUACGUUUUGGAGCAGAAUGGAUGAGAUCCUGUCGCAUAAACAUAAGAGACCAUCAGUGCUGCGUCAUGUUCCGCAAACAGCUUCCAGACAACAACAUGACAGUAAAGGAUCUAGUUUUCUUUGUAAAGAGGAGGUGGAUACAUGUCAUCUUCCCUGGUCAAAUUCCACUCUGAUGCUGUCAACAAGCCCAAGCCUUUAUUUUCUGUCAUCGAGCAGCGACCAUCCAAAGCAACCUUCAAUCAAGACCAGGCUUAAUAAUUGCAUUCCAGAGGUGAUGAGUGCACUGUUUGUAAGCGGUCUUUGCCGCUGGCCAGGCUGUGGAUUGGUAUUCGAAAAUUUCUCCACUUUCCUAAAGCACCUCCAUUCUGAACACAGACAGAGUGACAAAAGCAUUGCUCAGUGGAGGGUGCAGCACGAUAUUGUGCAGUACAUGGAACGUCAGAGUUGA